AGCGGAGAGAUUGAAAAAGGAGGAGAGGGACGCUUCGGGAUGGGCGGGGCUUUAAAAGCCGUUGUUGUUGUCGGAUUUAAAACCCCGCAAGAGAGGGGCAUGCCGGGAAAAUGAGGGAUAUUAAUAGGGCAGGCAAACCGGAAGUGGGCCAGAUGCUGAGGUGAUAGUGGAAUGCUAGUUGGAUAGUAACAUCAAGUAUUAGUAUUGAAAGCUCCAUAAGGCCUAAUUUGGCUUCAAACAAAGAUGUCAACAAAUCUUGAUGGGAAUACAAUGUAAACAUGAUACCAUUGAAGGCACAAUAUGGCAACUAUCUGGACCAGCUAACACCUCCCAACAAAGGAUCCCCCCAGGAAGGAAGAAGCCAGGCUUUGAAGCUGCAAGGCCAUUCAGUGCUAAUCAAGGUAGCCAAUGGCAACAUUCACACUUGCCUCAAGCAGAGAAGAGUUCUUUCUCUCACCUUGGACCUUAAACUCCACUUGCCUAGUUUCCAACAGACCUCACAUCCUCUGAGGAUGUCUGCCCUAGAUGUGGGUGAAACGUCAGGAUAGUAUGCUCCAAAACAUAGCCAUACAGCUCAGAAAACUCACAGCAACCCAAUAUGGCAACAGCAUUAUUAUAGUAUUCCUAACCUGGGGAUCACAGCUAGAGACAGUGAAGACAUCUGCUCUUGUGCUUGGCUACUCUGCUGCUGAAUAUUCAUGCCCAGUGUGGAAUACAUCUCACCAUAAUAAAACAGUGGAUGUGGCUCUCAGUGAGACAUGUUGCAUUAUCACAGGAUGUCUAUGCCCUACAUCACUGGAGAAUUUAGGUGGCGUCAUACCACCUGAUAUCCAUCAGGAAGUAGCAGCUAGCAAUGAAAGGACCAAGGCAUUAACAUCUCCAGAUCAUCCUCUGUUCGGAUAUCAGCCAGCAUGCCAAGUUCUUAAAUCAAGAAACUGCUUCCUAAGAUCUAAGGAGACACUCACGGGAACUCCUCAGCAAGCGAGAGUCCAAAAGUGGCAGGCUAAAAUCCAAAACCUCAAUCUGGCUGAUACCAGAUGAGAAACUUCCUCCUGGGCACACAGAGGACUGGGUGAUUUGGAAGGUACUGAACAGACUGAGCUGUGGGACCACGAGAUGCAAAUCUAACCUUAAGAAAUGGAGCCACAAAGUGGAAUCCACGACAUGUGAGUGUAGAGAGGAGCAGACCACUGACUACAAUGCAGCCUGAGCCCUGCCGAUGCAGGAAAUGUAGUUAAUAAUCCUCUAAGAUCAGUGACUCACAAUGUGCUGGUGACACUUGGCCACUGCCUUGAUCUAGUUUCGAAGGAAGGAUAUGGUUCAAAGGUAGUGAAUGAAUCACAGCAUGAAAUUGAAAAGGAGAGCUAGAAAGAAACUGAGCUGUUACAUAUUUGGUUGCAUAAGACAAAUCUACCUGCAAGUUAGAAAUAUAGGACAAGAAGCCAAUGCCCAGUUAUUGUAUUCAUCAUUAAACAGCAAGACAUGUGACAAAAUGUUGCAGUAUAUAUCCAUGCCUAGUUAAACUAACCCUUAUUGUAUUUUGGAACUGGGCUUGUCCCCAUGUGAGCCGCCCUGAGUCCCCUCUGGGGAGAUGGGAGCGGGAUAUAAAAAUAAAGUUAUUAUUAUUAUUAGCUCUAGGCCAGUGGUUCUCAAUCUUUGGUCCUUCAGGUGUUUUGGAUUUCAACUCCCAGAACUAGCCAGCUUACCAGUUGUUUGGAUUGGAGGAAGCAGGGUAGGAGGGGCAUGAUAUGACAUUAGUGAAGUUCAAAGCACAGCAGCCUUGGAAAGUCCCAUUACAAAGGACGGGAACCAAGCAAGGUGAUAUUGCAACUAAAUGCCAGCCUAACCACAUUGCUGAGGUCUCUGCAAAAAAAAAAAAAAACACAUAAAAAAGAAACCAGAGACUUAUUUCCUAAGUGACACCCAUGAGGGAAGAAGUCAAAAUAGGCAGAAGUUAGGAAAUCACCUCUCUUCUUGGCUUACAACAUAAAUUCCCCUUUUUUCAGCAACUAUCGGUGUAUUGCUUUUCUCAAAUGCUUGGGGUCAGAAGUCUUUUGGAUCCUGGAAUCCCGGUAUGUGGAUAUACAUUCAUAAGGAGAUAUCUUGGAGAUGAGACCCAAGUCUAAUAAUACAAUCAGGAAGCUUGUUCAUAUUUUUAUCUGUAUGUAAACAGGUUGAGCAUCCUGUUUCUAAGAUGCUUGAGUCCAGAAGUUUACCAUAGGCGUGUCUAUACAUAAUGGGACCCAAGUCUAAAAACUGAUUUUAUUAAUGUGUCAUAUAUACCUUAGACACGUAGCCCUAAAGUCAUUUUAUGCACAAUAUUUGACAUAAUUUUGUGUAUAAAGCAAUGUUUGUAUGCAGUGAACCAUCCAAAAGCAAAGAUGUCACUUUCUUGUGAUGGAAACUGUUUAAUGAGCAAACUCAUUAAAUUGUAAUUGUUUUGCAUUGUGCAAUACAGACAUCUCUUCACAUUCACGGAGGUUAGGGUCACAGGACCCUGUCGAAGUGGAAAAAGGGAAAAAUUUUAAAAUGCUAUUUUUUAAUUAUUUUUUUUGCUUCAGAGAACAUCUCUCUAGGAAUUUCUAGAUCUUCCAGCCUAGCUCCCUGGUUAAUUUCCAUUUGAAACUGAUCAUAAAAUUGUACUUAAAGACCCAGGGAUUCCUAGAGAGAUGUUUCUUCUAGAAAUAUCUAAUCAGGUCGCACUGGUGGGGUAGAAAUUCCUCAAUAUAACAUAUUUAAUCAAAUCUGAAUAAUCAGAUCUGAAAAAGCCAAAACUGCAAAUAGGGAGGGAUGACUAUGCAUGUUUUUUUAACUUGCUGUUCUUCUGGGAGAAAAGCAGGCUAUACAUGAAAUAACAUCAAUUAUGACCAGAGAGAGGACCAAAGAUUGAUCGGCUGGAACCCCAAAAAGCAUGGACAGGGAGAUGAUGAUCAUCAUCAUCAUCAUCUCCCUUUCAAAACAGAAGGUUGCCUGGCUGGUAUCAGAACAAGCAUGCAAAGGGAGAUGGUGAUCAUCAUCAUCCCUUUCCAACAUCAUCUUCAUAAUCUUCCCUUCCAAACAGAAGGUUGCAUGUCUGGCAUCACAAAGGACAUGGCAUUGGAGAUGGUGGCGAUUGUCAUGAUCCCUUUCCAUCUUCAUUGCCACCAUGAUCAUCAUCAUCUCCCUUUCCAAGCAGAUGGUGGUAAUUAUCAUCAUUAUCAGAUCUUCAUCCUCUUCUUCCUUUCCAUGCCCUUUGUGAUGCCAGCCAAACAGCUUUCUGCUUCUUCGGUUCCUUGCCUUGUCACAAGAGCGGCUUGCGCCUUCCUCCCUCGCUCAGAGGAAGCCAGGCAUCAUCACGAACCAGAUGCAACUCUUGGGAAACCUCCAGCAUCGAAGGCAGCCAGGACAGGCAGACGCGGCCAGUCUUGCUCUGUGUCCCUGAGGCCUCGCACCCACGGUGAUUCAGCAUCCACCGGGCCUCCUGCGGUUCUCCUUCCCACCAUGGCGGAUGCUUUGUGGUCUCCCUUCUCCAGACAGUCCAUUUCCACAGGUCCUUGCUUUUCGUCCUGCAACUGGACAGCUUUCCUGCAACUUGGGACAGGUGAGGGAACUGCAUGAAGUCACACAGUUCCCAUUACUCUGUAGCCAAGACUGCCAACCUCUUUCCAAAGACAGACGAUGGAGCAAUGCAAGGUGAACAUAACGGCUGCUGGCGUCUUGAGAUGCCACUCCAAUGUGGUGCCUAUGGAGUGCUACCUGGUGCUCAACAACACAGCGCAGACCCUCAUCGCCACAUUGUGUUGCACUGCCGGGACCCUCUGUGUCUUGGAGAAUGCCUUGGUGCUCUAUCUCAUCUUUUCUUCCCCGAAGAUCCGUAGGAAGCCUUCUUACCUCUUCCUUGGCAGCCUCGCCUUGGCCGACACCUUGGCCAGCUUCAUCUUCGUCUGGAGCUUCCUCCAGUUCCACGUCUUCAGUGGGGCUGACUCCUCCAAGGUGGUCUUCUUGCUCAAGCUGGGAGGCGUCAACACCACCUUCACGGCUUCCCUCGGCAGCCUCUUGUUGAUGGCCUUUGACCGAUACAUCUGCAUCCUUAAACCCUCAACAUACAAAGUCCUGGUGACCAGUAAAAGAGCCCUGGUGGCUUUGGUGGUCCUGUGGCUCUCCAUCGCGCUCAUUGCCUCCUUACCUCUCUUUGGAUGGAACUGCUGCAGACUCAACUCUCCCUGCUCAGAGCUCUUUCCUUUUGUGGACAACAGUUACCUUCUGAGCUGGGCGAGCUUUGUGGCAGUCCUUUUGGCAUCCAUCAUCUAUGCCUACGGACAUGUCUUAUGGAAAGCCCGGCAACAUGUUGCAUACAUGGAGAAGCACCACAGACCCAACGGCCAAACCAAUACCAAGAUGAGGCUAGACAUCAAGCUGGCCAAGACCUUAGCCAUCGUACUGCUUGUCCUCAUCACCUGCUGGACCCCGGGCAUGGCUCUCGUGACGUACAGCAUCUUUUUCAAAAUGGACACCUACCUGAAGAAAGUGUUUGCCUUCUGCAGCACCCUCUGCCUGGUUAACUCCAUGGUGAACCCGGCCAUCUAUGCCCUACGGAGCAGGGAGUUGAGCUCUGCUCUGAGGAAAAUUUGCACCUCUUUUAAAAGAAAAGCUGACAUCUCAGAGAGCAAUCCUGAAGCAGAAAGCACCCAGAGGACCUUGCCGUUAGAAAACAUCAGUGACCGAUUUGUCGGCAAUUCCACAAAGAUCCAAGCUUCAGAAGGUGACAACAUGGAAGCACUGUAGAAAUUGAUGUUUUCUCUUCCCAUUUCAAGAGACUCCCAAGCUUAUUUUCUGCCUAUCUGGUGGAACUGGGGGGUGAAUAUUCUGCCUCGGACAUUCUGCAUGGAUUGUAGAAAUGCCAAAAUAUGGAAGAGGAAAUAAUCUGAAAGUGGCCAGAAGUCAACUUCUGGUUUGGAGAAAUUGGUACUAUUUGAUGUUAAACUUUCAGAAGCACCCUACCCUGUAAACGUUUUUAAAAUGGUAAAUUGUCGCUGCUGGGUGUUUCCAGGAAAGACAAUAGCUGGCUAGCAUCUUGGUAGUGAAAUGUACAUGCAUUAGUCACAAUAUAGACAUAGAGUGAAUUUUUAAACAUAUGCUGCUGACGGGUGGAUGCGGGAUAGUACAUAAGGCAAUGGCAUUCAUUGUGGUUGCACAUUGCAGAUUGCCAUUUCACACUGUACAAAAGCACUUAGUAAAUAGAUGUUGUGCAAUAGUGCUAUUUUGAAUAAGGAUUACAUAGUACUGUUGCACCUUAUCUCCACAUGUAUAUAUUCAUGCUCUGCUGCAGGGAUAUUGGAUUGCUGCCAUUUCCACGUCUUCUUUUAUGACACCGCUCAAUGCUCUAGAAUCACGGGAAUUGUAGAUUUUUCUGAAGGAAUGCUGGAGCCUUACCAAACUCUAGCUUCCAUGAUUCCAUAGCAUUGAGCCACGGUAGAUAAAAUGUGGUAAGACUGCAUCAAUUCUACUGUGUAGAACCAGCCUUAGUCAAUGAAAGCUAAUGCUAUAAACGUUGUUCUCGGUGUCAUAGGCUGGAUCUACACUGCCCGAUAAUGCGGGUUAAACUGCCUUAUAUAGCAGUGUAAGCCUAAAGUAUGACAAAAUCCCUUUGCACACCGAUAUUCCAGAUUAAUAUGGCUAUGUCUUUAUACUGUUAUACAUUCCUGGAUGAUGGGGGUUGGACUAGAUAGCCUUUGGAUUUAUCUGGGCAAAGACGUCUCUUCCUAUAUAUGAUAUAUUACAAUAAAUUAUAAAGAAUAGAUGGCAAAAUGGUUUCUCCCCCACCCCUUUCCUUUUCUGUUUAUAAUAUCUACUCGCAUAGCACAAUAUUAGUAUUUUAUAUUAUUAUAUUGUACUAUACAAAAACAUCUUUAUUCUUGUAUCUCGUCUCCAUCUCCCCGAAGGGACUCGGGACAGCUAACAUGGGGCCAAGCCCAGAUAAUUAAAAUAAAACAGAAUAAAAUACAUACAGCUUGGAAUCGCAUCGACCUUUUUCGCUGCAGCAUGACAUUGUUGGCUCAGGCUCAACCUGUGGCCUACUAAGAGAGCCUGGAAGAUAGUUCCACCCUGUCUCCUGUGCCAUAGCAACAAUGCUAUGCUAAUUUAUAUAUAUAUAAAUAUAUAUAUAUAUAAUUUUUAAUAAGUUAUAAAUAUAUAAUAUAUUGUAUAUACAUAUAAUAUUGAUAAUAUUAUAAUGGAAUAAAAUAUGCUACUAAUAAUACAGUAUAAUAUUAUAUAUUAUACAGUAGAGUCUCACUUAUCCAACGUUCUGGAUUAUCCAACAUAUUUUUGUAGUCAAUGUUUUCAAUGCAUUGUGAUAUUUUGGUGCUAAAUUCGUAAAUACAGUAAUUACUACAUAGCAUUAAUGUGUAAUGAACCACUUUUUCUGUCAAAUUUGUUGUAUAACAUGAUGUUUUGGUGCUUAAUUUGUAAAAUCAUACCUAUUUUGAUGUUUAAUAAGCUUUUUCUUAACCUCUCCUUAUUAUCCAACAUAUUCACUUAUCAAAUGUUCUGCCGGCCCGUUUAUGUUGGAUAAGUGAGACUCUACUGUAUAUUAAAUGUAAUAUUACUAAUAUUACCAUAUAAUGAUAUAGUACAAUAUAGUAAUUUAAUGCAUAUAUUGUGCUAUGCUAAUAAUAUCUUGUAUGUUCAUUUGAUUUGUAAGCCACUCUGAAUCCCCUUUGGGGUGAGAAGAGCGGGAUAUAAAUGUAGUAAAUAAAUACUAAGACUCCUGGGUCCCUCUCACAUCAUAGACUAUUUAUUUAUUUAUUUCCAUCAUUUCUAUCUCACCCUUCUCACCCGAAGGGACUCACGGCGGCUUACAAAACUGGCAGAAUUCAAUGGCAAUACACAACAAUACAAAAGAAUAAAA